AUGCUCCCCUUCCUGUUCAUCGGGGCUCUGGCUUCCCAGGCGGUUGCAACUCCGGUCCCAUGUAACGCCACUGUCGAUAACUGGCUCUACACCGGCCAAAUCGACGACAAGACUCUCGCUCUGCUGGAUCGGUCCGAUAUUGCAGGCGUCCAAGCGCUCUACAAUUGGAAGUCUCUUGAGCCUCGAAAGGACGAGUAUGACUUUUCCCGCAUCACCGACGACCUCAGACUCGUGCAAGCCAAGGGCAAGCAGCUCUGGGUCCAGCUGCAGGACCGCACCUUUUCCAUCGAGUACAACCCGGUUCCGAGAUAUCUGCAUGCGCCCAUCUAUACCAACGGCAGCGUUUCGGUGUGCGAUGGUGAAGACUGCGAAAACAACUUUCAGGCUGGCGGAUGGCUCACCGUGCACUGGAACGAGCACGUGCGCGCGCGGUUCCAAGCCUUGCUAAAGGCAAUGGCAAGCGAGCUCGACGGCCGCAUCUACGGCAUGAACCUGGCGGAAACGUCAGUGGAGCCCGAGGGCAACAAGAACAACUUUACCUGCCAGGGCUACUUUGAUGGCGAGUUGGAAAAUGCCGGAUACGCGGCCAGUGUCUUUCGCAAGUCGUACGUGGUGCAGUACGUCAACUUCUGGCCCUGCGGAUGGGCCAACGCCAACAACUACCUCUCCACCUCGUUUGACUUUUACGCCGAGCACGGCGUCGGUGUUGGCGGACCGGAUCUCAUCCCGUACCGAAAGGGCCAGGAGGACAACUCGUACCCGUUUCUGUCCAAGUAUCGCAGCAAGGUUCCCAUCAGCGUCGUUGCUGUGCAGGAGCCGGACCUGGCAGCAAUCAACCCUAAUACUUCCAAGCCUUUCACGAAACAGGAGUUUACGAAUUUCGCGGUCAACAAUCUCGGCUCGCAAAUCAUAUUCUGGGCGGAGAGCUCGCCUUGGCUUAGCUCACCAUAG